GUCCGUGCUGCCCGUUUGAUAACCCACGGAACAAUUGCCUACUUCCGCUAUGGCGACGCUGAGCGAUCAGUGGGCGAGCCUGGGCUCCCUCGCGGCCAGCAUCAUGUUCCUGUGGGCCGUCGUCGGCCGCUACGUCCCCCUCCACCACCUCGAGCACUCCAUCACCAAGCACUCCCGCCGCCUCUUCGCCUUCGUCUACCCCUACGUCCAGGUCACCAUCCCCGAGUUCUCCGGCGAACGCAUGAAGCGCAGCGAGGCCUACACCUACAUCGAGGCCUACCUCAGCAACUCUUGCUCGCAGAACGCCAGCAGGCUCAAGGCCGAGCUCGGCAAGGACAGCGGCAGCCUCACGCUCAGCAUGGACGAGCACGAGGAGGUCACCGACGAAUUUGAGGGCGCCAAGCUCUGGUGGGCCUCCGUGUCUCGCUCUCCUCCCUCGCAGUCCAUCUCCUGGUACCCGCCGCCCGAUUCCCGGCGGUACUAUAGGCUGACCUUCCAUCGCCGCCACCGCGAUCCCAUAGUCGGGCAGUACCUCGCCCACGUGCUGCGUGAGGGGCGCGAGGUGGGGCUCCGGAAACGACAGCGCAAGCUGUACACCAACAACCCCAGCAACGAUUGGUAUGGGUACAAGAGAACGGUGUGGAGCCACGUCGUGUUCGAGCACCCGUCCACCUUCGACACGCUCGCCAUGGAUCCCCGGAAGAAGCGGGAGCUGAUGGACGACCUGAUCGCCUUCCGCAACGGCAAGGACUACUACACCAAGAUCGGCAAGGCGUGGAAGAGGGGCUACCUUCUCUACGGCCCGCCCGGAACCGGAAAGUCCACCAUGAUCGCCGCCAUCGCCAACUUCCUGGACUACGACGUCUACGACCUGGAGCUGACCUCCGUCAAGAACAACACCGAGCUGAGGAAGCUGUUCAUCGAGACGACCAGCAAGUCCAUCAUCGUCAUCGAGGACAUCGACUGCUCGCUCGAUCUCACCGGCAAGCGGAAGCGCACCAAGAGCAAGAAAGAGGACGAGGGAGGCGACGACAAGCCGAAGGUGCCGGGGGAGAAGGAGGACAAGGAGGAGAGCAAGGUGACGCUCUCCGGGCUGCUCAACUUCAUCGACGGCCUGUGGUCGGCCUGCGGCGGGGAGCGGCUCAUAAUCUUCACCACCAACCACGUGGAGAAGCUGGACCCGGCGCUGAUACGGAGGGGGAGGAUGGACAAGCACAUCGAGCUGUCCUACUGCCAUUUCGAGGCGUUCAUGGUGCUGGCCAAAAACUACCUGGACAUCGACUCGCACCCGCUGUUCGACACCAUCAAGGGGCUGAUGGAGGAGGUGAAGAUGACGCCGGCGGACGUGGCGGAGAACCUGAUGACCAAGUCCGUGAAGGACGAUGCCGGUUCGCGCCUCGAGGGCUUGAUUCAGGCACUGGAAAUGGCCCGGGGAGCGGCGGCCAAGGCAGACGAAGGCAGUGGCGUGGACGAGACCGUGGAGAGCGAGUAGAUCGCAUCGAUACUUUGUCUUGUCGUUUGUGGUCGUUCCUUUCGGAUCCGGGUUGGACUCCGAUCCGAUCCGGCAUCUUUUACUAUGACAAAGGAACAAUAGGAUUCCAACUCGUCAAUUCAAUUAUAUUUGAAUAAUAUUGGGGUUACGUUGACCAAGUCA